AUGGCCAAAGGCUCAAAAAAGCAGAAGACGGAUUCUGCCGCUACAGAUGCACCGGUGCAAGCUAAUUUCGAAAUCCCCGGCUCCAAUUUCCUAAGUAAAUUGACCCAACGUAUCGAAGCUGGUGUGAAGGAAUCCAAAGGUGCUUCGAAAUCAAAGAAGGAACAUAAAGAGCAAAAACCGAGAGAUAAGACCACAGCACCCUCAUCGACGAAGCAAAACGGUGCAAGAAUCCAAGUCAAUGGCAAGGCUAGUCAAUUGGCUCAACCGAGCGACGAUACACGGGGGAAGAAGCGUGAUCGAAGUGGGUCGGUAAUCGACAAUACGGCCGCUCCAACGAAAGUCGCUCUUGCGAAGAAAACACACAUCAAGUUCGAUGAUGACGGAAAGACGACGGCUACCGUAGAGUCCACCAAACCCACACAAAAGGAUACGGCUGCGCCUGCAACUGAUGGGACCGUUAAAUCCAAAAAGGAUGCUCUCCUCCAAGAGAUCAUGGCGCUUGGUGGAACUCAGGAGGAUCUUGAUCUCGUUGGAGAACUAGAUACCGACUCAGAUGAGGAGGAAACUAUUGUAAAAGAGGCUGGGAAGGUAAAAAAUGCAUCUGCAAAAGAUAUCGAAGCAUUUAUGAAGGAAAUAGGGCUCACCGCAGCCAUCUCAGAAGCCGCUAAGUCAGUGGAUGAGGCUGAGGUGGCAGAAGAAGAAGAGGAAUGGACAGAGGAUGAAGAUGAAGACGAUGAGGACGAAAGUGAGGGUGCAGAAGACGCCGAAGAAAACGAAAGCGAUACCGCGGGACUUACACAAAAAGCCGAAGUUCCUACAAUAACAGCGCCUUCUCGAGAACUCACACAGCUACCCACCAAAGGCCCUCUUGUACUUGACCCUCAACAAGACUGGCAUAAUAUCGUGCUUCCAGAAUUACCCCGUACAUCCGAUAGUCCCACACCAUUCGUCAUUUCUUCGUUACAUACACGAGGGAAAGAUCUUCUUACUGCUGAAAAUAGUUCCUAUAUGAGCAAUAAUCUGAAAAGGGAUACCAAUCUCCAGUUCUUAUCCCAAAUCAUGACAUCUGGUACAGUUGAGGACAAGAUCUCGGCUCUAACAAUUGUUUGUACCGAUUCGCCGCUUCAUACCACAAAAACACUCGAUUCCCUCUUGAAUCUCGCCAAGAAGAAGUCAAGGAACCAAACAAUCGGUUCAUUGACAGCUAUCAAAGAUUUAUUCGCCAAUGGAUCCAUUUUACCUAGCGACAGGAAACUACUACCGUUCGCAAAACAGCCAGUAGGCGAACUUCUAGCAUACGAGAAAUCCAAGGGGGCAGAUCAAGUUUUCAAGGCUUACCUUCUCUUAUGGACUUUUGAGGAUUGGCUAAAAGACUUCUAUUUUGAGGUUUUAAAGACAAUGGAAAUUGUUGCAAACGAUGCGGGCGUAACAUGGGUUAGGAUGAAGGCGGUUGACAUGGUUUUUGAACUUUUGAAGCAGAGACCAGAGGGAGAAGUCAAUCUCAUGAGGCUCUUAGUGAACAAGUUGGGUGACCCAGACAGGAAAGUUGCGUCAAAAACUUCACAUUUGCUUCUUCAGUUGAUGGUGGCACAUCCCGCCAUGAAGUCAACUAUCAUAUCUUCAAUUGAAUCCGAUGCCUUGCUAAAAUCCAGCAAAAACACCCAUGCGCAAUACUACUCCAUCAUAACACUCAACCAAACUAUCCUCACCCGUGCCGACGACUCUGUUGCCAACCAGCUCUUAAGCAUUUACUUUGCCCAAUUCGCAGAUAUCCUAGGGGGAGGGGCUAAAAAGCCAGCGAAACCCAUCAAACCAAAGCCAGACGGCAAGCUCUCAAAGAAGGCCAAGAAGAGGCUAGAUAAAGAAAAGAAGGACGCUGAUUUAGAAGAGGAAUCUAACUCCAAGUUAAUAUCAGCGGUCCUGGCCGGUGUGAACCGUGCAUUCCCAUUCGCCUCAAUCGACGACGAUGUAUUCAACAAACACCUUGACACCCUGUUCCGUAUCACACACGGCUCAAACUUCAAUACCAGUCUCCAAGCUUUAACACUCAUAUUUCAAGUAUCAAACAGCAAGCAAGUGGUGUCAGACCGGUUCUACCGCUCUCUUUACGAGUCUUUGGUGGACCCUCGGUUAGCCACAAGCUCGAAACAAGCGAUGUACCUGAAUCUCUUAUUCAGAGCACUGAAAGCCGAUCAUAAACUUGUCAGAGUUCAGGCUUUUGUCAAGAGAAUCAUCCAGACCGCUUCUAUGCACCAGCCACCAUUCAUCUGUGGUGUUCUAUAUCUUCUCCGCGAACUUGAAGGAACCUACCCAACCUUGAAGAAUAUGCUAGAUAAGCCUAUUGACUACGAUAGCGAUGAAGAAGUAUUCCGAGACGUGGAUGAUGAGAGAGACAUUGGGGCGCCGAAACCAGAGGAAUCUAAGAAGGAAAGUAACGGAUACGACGGAAGAAAACGAGAUCCGUUAUACGCCAACGCUGACCGAAGCUCAAUCUGGGAAUUGAUACCUUUCCUAUCUCACUUUCACCCUACUGUGGGGCUAUACGCAAACAGCUUGUACGGCGACGCACCAAUGCCAUCUAAGCCUGACCUGUCCUUACACACCUUAACUCACUUCCUUGACCGCUUCGUUUACCGUAACGCUAAGGCUUCUUCCGCGACCAAGGGAUCCAGUAUCAUGCAGCCUUUGGCUGGUGGCGAUACUCGCGGUAUGGUCUUGAGCACGAAGACAGCAGGACGUGGUCUCAUACCCGUCAACUCAGAUGCCUUCUCCAAUAUGAAAGAAGAAAACGUUAGGGAGGAUGAGGUCUUCUUCCACAAAUUCUUUACCAUGCGGAAGCAAAGUGAUGCCUCUAAGUCACAAAAGAAGGAGAAGAAGAAGGCAGCUGAUGAUGAUGCAGCAGAGGACAGCGAGUUUGACGAUGAAGAAGCUUGGGGUGCCAUGGUUGAUAGUCGGCCAGAUCUUGAUAUCGAUGCCGACGAAGACGGUGAUGUGGAUAUGGAUGACUUUGAUGACGAUGAGUUGGAUGGUAUGGACGAAGAUAUGAGUGACAUUGAUGAUAGCGACGAAGAAGGUGGUAUGGGAGGCCUUACAACGGAUGCUUUGGGCGAUAUUGGCGAUGAAGAGAUGAAUGAGGAUAAUAGCGAUGAGGACGAAGAAGAAGAAGAGUUCGAUGGUUUCGGACUCGACGACUCAGAUGCUGAGGCAGGAAUCAACAGCGAUGAUGAUGUCCCCUCAGAUGUUGAUAUGAAAUUAUCAAAGGUCGCAAAAUCCGAAAAGGAGGUUGCGACGAACGCGAGGAAGGAGAGGAGGAUGAAGCUUAAGAACUUGCCUACGUUUGCUUCGGCAGACGAUUAUGCGGCUCUACUAGGGGACGAUGACGAGGAGGAUAUGUAA